AUGUCGCUGUGCAUGAAUAGGCUCUCUGAGGAGAGGAAGCAGUGGCGACGCGACCAUCCGUUUGGCUUCUUCGCCAAACCCGUGCGCAACUCACAAGGCAUGAUGGAUCUCAAGAAGUGGGAAGUAGGCGUACCCGGCAAAGAGAAGACUAUAUGGGAGGGCGGACUGUUUAAGCUUGAAGUCACAUUUCCCGAAGAGUACCCCACGAAGCCGCCAAAGUGCAAGUUCAACCCCCCGCUCUUCCACCCCAACGUUUACCCCUCCGGCACCGUCUGCCUUUCGAUUUUGAAUGAGGAAGAAGGCUGGAAGCCUGCGAUCACCAUCAAGGAGAUCCUGCUGGGUAUUCAGUCGCUGCUUGACGAGCCAAAUCCCGAGUCGCCCGCACAGGCCGAUGCGUUCAAUCUAUUCAAGAAGGAUAAGGUCGCGUAUGAGAAGAAGAUUCGGACGAUUGUCAAGGAGAAUCCUGCGCCGUAG